AAUUUUGUAGCCCGCGCGAAGCGAAGCUCGUUGAGAGAGAGAGAGAGAGACAGAGCGCGACUUCAAACCGCUGUGCGGUGCACUCAACUUAUUUAAUUUAAUUGACGCCUGUUGCUGUGUUUCUGUUUUUGUUGUUCUAUUCGGUAGUGUGUUUCACUUCUGAUCGCGUUUAUUGUAAAUCAAUUAUAAUUAAUAAAAUAAAUAUACAGAAUGCUCAUAUAGUGCGAAGAUUACAACCAACAAAAACCAUUCGACAAGAAAAUUGAAAAAAAUCUAAAUAAUACGUGAAAAUAAUAUAAUAUAUAUACAUAUACACGCAAGCGAAAUCAUACCUUUGGAAGCAGCUUUAUAAUUGCUGGCGUGGACAACGCGCGCAAUGAAUAUAAACAGUUACACAAACGAAAGUUUUAAAAGAGGGAUUGCGAUAAAAGGGAAUUGAGAAUAGCAACGACAAUAUCAGGAGACGCGACUGAAACGACUGUACGUUAUGAUGGUACUUGUUGUUGUAGCUGCAGCUUGAUGAUCCAAAGGCAGAGAUCAUAUAUGGCAUAUAUGUACAUAUGUACAUACACCAGGCACGACUCCAAAUCGAACAAAGCGACAGUUGAUGUCGCAACGGCAACAGCAGCGGUAGCGGCAGCGACAACGACAAAUUAUUUAAAAUAUUGAAGCAAUUGAAAAGCCCAGUCCAGUGCCGAUGGCAGCAAUUAAUAGCAGCGACGUCUACUGCACCAGCAUCAACAUAACUUCCACCAGAAUAGUGACUGCAACAAAUUAAAGGGAAGAAUAUCGCAACAACAACAACAGCAAUAAUAAAAGCAGCAUUGAUGUACAAGCAUUUACCAAUACAAAAAAGCUCAAUCAACUCAAUUUAAACUCAUCGCCAACGUCGUCGUCGUCGUCGUCGUCGCCGCAGUCGCAGUUGCUGGCGACCUCACUGGAGGCUGCGUCGUCCGCAACAGCAAGAAUACAAUCAUCAGCUUCGUUCGUCAUCAUUAGCAAAGUAAUCACCGAAGCUAUUUUAGCAACUGCAAUUGUAACUGAGAUAGUGUGGCGACAAAAGCAACAACAACAAUUAGCAACAGCAGCCAAGAACAGCAAAAGCUUUAACAGCUGAUUAUGUCGCCAACGGCGCUGGCAUCGUGUGCUGCUGCCAGCAGCUCUGCUACAGUCACAGCUGCCACAACAUCAGCAUCAACAACAACAACAAAUGCAGCGUCAGCAACAGCUACUGCUGUUUAUUUGCGUAAAUCGCACUCAACGCCGGCUCUCGCAUGCGAUGGCUGCAACAUUAUUGAUAGCAACAUUGCUGACAGCAAAUGUUGCGUCCAAAGUCCUGUAGAACCAGCGUUGGAAGCUGGCAGCAUUCUCAACAAAGAUGUUGCGGCGAUCACCCACAUCAAGCGACAGCAGCAACAUUUUCAUGACAGCAACAAGUGCAACAAUGCUGAUGCAACACAGCCAACGACACCAGAGGCAUUUCGUUUCGGCUGCACGCACUACAAGCGACGCGCCAUGUUUGUGACACCCUGUUGCGACAAGUUUUACAAGUGUCGCUUCUGCCAUGAUGAGAACGAAUCUCAUCACUUCGAUCGCAAGACUCUAACGGAACUCAUCUGCUCCGAGUGCAACACGCGGCAGAAGGUGCAGGAACAAUGUGAGAAGUGCGGCGUACGCUUUGGCAAGUACACUUGCCUCAUUUGCAAUCUGUUCGAUGAUUCGGACAAGCAGCAAUAUCAUUGUCAUGGCUGUGGCAUUUGCCGCAUCGGCGGCGCUCACAAUUUCUUUCACUGCGAGGUCUGCAACAUGUGUCUGCCGAUGCAGCUGAAGAUCGAUGGACAUAGGUGCGUCGAGAACAUUUCGCGCUCGCAUUGCCCCGUCUGCCUGGGCGAUAUACACACCUCGCGCAUUCCGUGCCACAUUCCGGACUGCGGCCACUUGCUGCACAAGAUGUGCUUCGAUCAGCUGCUGGCAUCGGGCCACUACACCUGUCCCACCUGCCAAACGUCGCUGAUUGACAUGACGGCGCUGUGGGAGUAUCUGGAUGCGCAGGCGCUGCGCAUGCCCAUUCCGCUCAAGUAUGAGAAUCAGCGUGUGCACAUCUUCUGCAACGAUUGCCACAAGACUUCCAAGACCAAAUUCCAUUUCAUUGGGCUCAAGUGCGUCAAUUGCGGCGCCUACAAUACCACACAGGACGUGAAGCGUCGCCUCUCCCUGGUCACCGAUGAGCCCACCACGGCCUGACGCUUGCCACGGCUCCAGCGAUAUCCAACAGCAAUCGCGACAGGAAAUCUCUUGCCAUGCUCCACAUUUGAAGAUACUAAAUUUAUGAAACUGAAAUCGAAACGCAUUGAAUUUAGACCAAAUUCGAGCUGGUAUCGAAUAUAAAUUAAAGACAAACGACAAAAUAUCCAUUACAAAAUCAACCAAGAAACAUAUUUAGUUCAUCGUCUUAGUAUUUUUGUUCUCUAUUUAAUUUACAUUCAGUAGAAACGGAAACACAAAUCAACAAUUUAUUUACACCAAGUUUUAUUAUAUAUUUUGCUUGUAUUAACCAAAUCUUAUAUACAUCUAGGUUUUUUCAAUUUGCAUACAUCAAUGUCAAUCUCAAUCUGUUGUUAAAUAUUUAAAUAUAUUUAAGUUUGAAAAUACAUUUAUAGAAAAAAGAAGGACUUUAUUCUAUAAAGAAUGUAUUUUAAUUUUAAAUAUAUAUUGUUUCUCAAAAAUAAUUCAGAAAUAAAAUUUUAUAUAAAUAAUA